UAAUAGAAAUUCCAAUACUAUUUUUUAUUCCUUACUUAUUUGUCUUACUUCCAUGAGUAUAUAUUAUUGAUCGCCUUACUUAUAUAUGGUCAUUAACAAAAUUUACGGAAAAUCUUAUUAAGAAACAAUCAUAAAUAAUACUUCCUCCGUCCAGCUAAGAUGUUCUCAUUUUGACUUUUUGUUGUUUUUAAGGAGGGUUGAAAAAAAGUGAAAGUUUAUCAUAAUACCCUUAAUGAAAAUGGGUGGAGUAUAUUAAAUGAGCAGUGCAGCACCUAUUCCUUAAGAGAUGUAAAAAGAAGGUACUCAAAACACAAGAUAGCACUCCACGAAGGAGAAGUGGAAGGUUGCUGAGCGUUAUGUUCAGAAUGAAAAACAAGCUGCAUGCGGGGCCUGUUGAAAUCGAUCUCGUUGGUGAUGAGUCGCUUCAAAGUGGGGGGUCUGAUGAAGUUGAAUGUCUUAGGGAUGAAUCAAAAAAAGGAAGGGCAGAGAUUGAAGUAAAUGACAAAGUGGAUGGUGAGAGAGACAAUUUGCAUAAUGAGAAUAUGCAAGAAAAGCAGAUUGUAGAGCAUGCAGAUGGUGUUGGUAAAAGUGCAUCCCCAUCAAGUACAGAGAGUGAUGGUGAUGCAGAAGGCACUGAUGACAUAGAUGGGGGUGACGGGGACGGACAAGGCAGUGAUGGAUGGAGCUUGACUAAUCCAUGUGACGCUGAUAUGAUAAUGUUCCCUGUAAUGCAACACCGUUGGUGUUAUUGCAUAUGUGUGAAUCUGAAGGGGAAUAGAGUUGAUAUCCUGGACAGCUCAUCAGCCGGCGUCACAAAGAGUGAUAAAUAUGAAAACAUGCCAAACGUUGUUCAAGACAUGGUCGUAGAAUAUUUCAAGAGUAAAGGUCUGGAUGGCCGGGUCGAGAAGCUGAAGGCUCAAGAACCAAAACGGUUGCAACUCGCGUGGAGAGAUUCGACUGAUGUAUUUGAUUAUGGUGUGAUUACCAUGCGGCAUAUGGAGACGUACACAGGCCAAGCAUUGAAGCAGUGGGACUGUGGACUGAAAAAGGGGGAUGAGAAAGCUGUGAAUGCACUUUGGACAAAGUAUUGUGCUGCGAUCGUAAAAUCAGAUGUCAACGAGGUUAAGGACAAGAUAAGGCAUCUAGUGAAGCACUCUAGUCAUUGAAGACUGCGAGAAUGGUUUAUAAUUCAUGUUUUUUUAUGCCUAACUCUGCAUGGGGAUUAUGAGCUCUUUUUUGUUUGUUCUAGAAUUUCUAGUUUCGUAUCAUUUUGAAAUUUGAUUCAAGGAGCAACCCCUGAGUGAGUCAAUGCUGGCUUGUUCGUUU